AUGGCUUCCUUAAGUGGCAAGGUGCAGGCAGUUUUGGGGCCUUAUGGAACCAGGUCAACUUGGCAGGACUUUAACCACAAACACUUGAGCAUGAUCUUUGACUGAAGCUACUCCCCUCCUCCUUCAGGCCAAGAAGCUUUGUCUAAGGAACCCCUCAUAAUGUGGAACUUGUUUUGAAUUCAGAAGAAGUCAUAUUCCCACAAUGAGAACUUUCAACUAAAUCAGGAGACUGAAGCCAUCAAGGAAGAGCCUUUGAAUUACAAAGCCAGUGGUCCAGCUCUGAUGGAAAAUACAACCAAUGCACUUAGUCAAGAUGUGAAGACUUUGAAGUGGUCUAUGGGAGAGAAUGGGGUCCAUAUGAUCUCUGCCGCUGGAUUUUAUGUGGGUGCCACACCCUCUCCAAAGAACCGUGUCAUGUCAAUAGAGCAGCUUACUGAUAUUCUUAUUAAUGAAAUACUACAUGGAGCUGAUGUGGAAUGGAAGUGUGGAAACAUUGGAGAAAUUGGCUGUUCCUGGCCUCUCACUGAAAGCAAGAAUAAGGUACUUCAGGCAACAGCCCCAUGCACAGUCUUACUUGGAUGGCCGGUUAUCAUCCAUGCUGAUAGGAAUCCAUACUCACCCUUUAAGAUUAUAUGAAUCUUGAAAGAAGUUGGGGCAGACAUCUCCAAGACAGUUAUGUGUCACCUUGACAGAUCUCUAUUGGGCUCCAAGAAGCUAUUAGAAUUUACCCAACUUGGAUGUUGCUUAGAGUAUGAUCUCUUUGGUACAGUCCUGCUCUACUACCAACUGCACCCAGAAAUUGACAUGCUGGAUGACAAGGUGCUGGUGGAUGAAAGCUAUGAAGACAAACUUCUGGGUGCUCAUGACGUACAUACUAAACGUCAGUUGAUGAAAUAUGGAGGUCAUGGCUACUCACAUACUCUCACUGAUGUAAUUCCUAAGAUGUUAAUUAGAGGCAUAUCUGAGUAUGCAAUUGAGAAGAUACUAGUAGAGAACCCUAAAUGAUGGCUAACUUUCAAAUAG